GCAUUUCAAUUCCACCGUCUCCCUAAAUUCAAUAAGGAGUGAAGAAACAUAUCAUUUGACAGAAAGAGAGCACAAAGAAGAAGAAAAGCGCAGGUUGUGUUCUCGCCGGGAGAGAGGGGGGAUUUUCUUGUAAUUAGCCCUCCCGAUCUCCGACCACCUAGCCGGAAAACCCACACGGCGACAGCCCGAGGAGAGAUCCUCAAUCCCACUCUUAUGUUUCAAGAAUCCCCCCUUUUUGAUGCGCCGAUCCAAUGCCCGAACUGCCAGGGAUAAUUCCGACAAGGUGAUCACCGACGACUCUCCCAGAAUGGAUUCCGCCGCCAAGCUCCACUUCCGGCCUGCCCGAUCCGUUUACCGGAACCCUACCAGACAUAACUCAAAACCGAAGCUUAUAUUAUUUACUUCAAUCGUUUUGCUCCUGUCAUUCCUCUGUUUCAUUUUCGCUUUCUCCAAGAACAUUAGGAUCAAACAUACGGCCAAGAGGAAUUACGGGAUUGUGAUCGAUGGGGGAAGUACCGGAACGAGGAUACACGUGUUUGAAUACGAGAUCAGAAAUGGAAUUCCGGUGUACAAUUUCCGGGAAAAUGGUUUACACUCCAUGAAGGUGAAUCCGGGGCUUUCAGCAUACGAGGAGGAGCCGGAGAUGGCUGCGCAGGCGAUUGACGAGUUGGUGGCUUUUGGGAAGAAGAUUGUGCCCAGAGAAUUUUGGGGCAGGACGAAAAUCCGGCUAAUGGCCACGGCAGGGAUGAGGUUAUUGGAGUCUGAGGUGCAAGAGAGGAUAAUGGGUGUCUGCCGGAAAGUCUUGAAGGGUUCUGGUUUUAUGUUCCAGGAUGAUUGGGCAACUGUUAUACCAGGAUCUGAUGAGGGGGUAUAUGCUUGGGUUGUUGCUAAUUAUGCCCUUGGAACACUUGGUGGAAAUCCUGAGCAAACAACAGGAAUUCUUGAACUUGGAGGAGCUUCAGCUCAGGUCACUUUUGUUUCUAAUGAGCCUUUACCCCAGGAAUACUCAAGUAAAAUUAAGUUUGGGAAUCAAACCUACAACCUUUACAGUCACAGCCUACUUCAUUUUGGCCAGAAUGUGGCAUUUGACUUAUUGCGGGAAUCACUUGUUGCAAGAGGGGACGAUCUUGGUAUUGGCUCCCUCCAAAGUGUGAAACCAAUGGACCCUUGCACUCCUAGAGGGUAUACCCAUGAGACAGAACAAUGGAAAUUUUCACCUAGUCAUUCUGCAGAAAAGUCUAGAUGUCUCUCAGCAUUGAAUCCCAAUGGUAACUUUUCAGAGUGUAGAUCUGCUGCACGGCUGUUAUUGCAGAAAGGCAAAGAGAAGUGCGCUUAUGAAAGCUGUGACAUUGGACCGGCAUUUAUACCUAAGCUACAGGGGAAGUUCUUGGCUACAGAAAAUUUCUUCCAUACUUCUAAGUUCUUUGGAUUGGCCCCAAAGGCAUCGCUCUCUGAUCUGAUGAAUGCUGGGAAAAGAUUCUGUGAGGAAGAUUGGUCAAAGUUGAGGAGCAAGUACCACUCACUAGCAGAGGAGGAUUUGCUCCGUUAUUGUUUCUCUUCAGCAUAUAUUGUGGCCUUGCUUCAUGAUAGUCUUGGAAUUUCAUUGGAAGAUGAAAGGAUUGGUUAUGCGAAUCAAGUGGACAAUAUCCCACUCGACUGGGCAUUAGGGGCAUUCAUCAUGCAGAGCAGUACUGACUUGGGCGAAGGCUCUUCUUCUAACUGGUUUGCGUCCAUGUUUGGGGGUGACUUGCCUACAAGUUUGAUUGCGGUCUUUGGCAUUUUCGUUCUAUUGACAUUUGUGGCCUUCUAUACAAGAGACUGGAGAAAUCACCCUCAGCUGAAGACCGUGUACGAUCUAGAGAAAGGGAAGUAUAUAGUUAAAUGCGUCCGUAGGUACUCAUAGCUUUCUGUCAUUUUAUUAGAUGGAAAAAAAAAACCAGACGAGAUUCUUUGCUCACACGGUGGAGUUGGAAGACCCAAUUGGCCUUUUUUUCACUUGCGAGAGUGUCAUUUGAAGCCACUAAUUCGCGCGAACACACACACACACACAAAUUGUUUGGAGAUUACGUUGCGGUUGAUACUGUAGACAAGGUAAGUAGGGAAACAACAGAAUGUAGUGUGGAUCUUCCCAUACUUCUCACUUGCUUGGGGUUCCCAUAUUGGUGUAUAGCUUUUGUACCAUAAUGUUAUAUAUGAUGUUUUGAUCACUUAAAUUGCCUAUUUUC